AUGGAACAACAUCAAAGUCAAAAUCAAAACAUACCUACAAAUGAUCAAUCAAAUUCUUCACAUCUGCCAACUCAAUCCACAGAUCCAGAUUCUGAUCCAUUAGAAUUACAUCAAUUAUCAUUAAGUUACGAUUAUUUAAUAUAUAAGAUAAAAGAUUAUAUCAAAACAUUAACAGAUCAAACAUAUACCUCGAUUGUACAAAAACAAAAUAGUAUAAAUAAUGAUUAUUUCGAAAAACUAAAAUUAAGUAAACAAUAUGAUAAUAUUGAUAACCUAUUAAAAAAAUGCAAUGAUUUAGAGUUAGAAUUUAUGAAAAUCGAUCAAUUAGUAAUAUUUGUUGAGGAAUUUAAACAAAGAUUGGAUAUUAUUGAACUGAGAUUUAAAGAGCUUGAUUGA